UAAGUGCUGUUGGUCGCGUCUUACCCUCAUUUCGAGUUGACAUCGUCAUUCGUCAUGAAGUUCGGACUUAUUGUAGUGAUAUUUGCUGCGAUAUUUUGUAUCGUCACAGGACGAGUUGAGGAAGGGAAUGCCCGCGCGAUCGGAGUACUCGGUGGCAGAGGCCUUCUACUACAACAGAUCUGUAAAAAUGAUUCAGCGGUGGAAAACAAUGUGAUCGUAUGCCUGGUAUGCAGAGGAUUUUCCCGCUUGUGCUUCACGAUGGCAAACCCUGUCGGUGGUUUUGGUAGCAGCCCUGGCACAAGCAAGCCUAGUACUUCUGGAGGUGGUUCCAGUAGCACCACAACUAGUGCCAGCCCUAGUGAUGGUGGCGGCGAAGAAUCUGGAAAAUCGAUUUAAUUUUUUUUUUUUCAUUCGUCGUAUUAUGAAGGCAAAAUAAAUAUUAAUUUAAG